AUGCCUACAGUCAUCAUUUCUCAUCGACUGUCGCUUGUGGGGUGCUUGGUGGCGGCAGCACUUCGACUUUACUUCCAAGCACGGAACUUGAAGAUCAUCGUGGUGGAAUCGCUAGAUACGAGUUUCACCAGCCAGCCAUUCUGUGGGAUAAGCACGAUUUCGAACCAGAGACUCGCUUAUAAUGCGUUUCUCCAACGAGCCUUCUUUCAGGGCUUGUUGGCGCCGUCGUUGACGUUCCUAGAGUCUAUCCAGAUCCACAACUCUCCUCUGUCGAGACCAGAGUUCCCCAAUUCCCAGCAUAAGGUGCUUGCCAGCUUGGGACUGCCGGCUCAGUUCCUUGCUCUCGUGUACCAUCCACAAGUACUACUCAAUUCGCUACGCCAGUCGCUUUCAGCGGAUCCGCUGAUAACGUUUCUCUCGGUGCUGGACCGUGGCGCCAUAGCACAGCUCCAGGGCGACUGCUACAUCAACUUCUCGCCGGGCGAGUAUAACAACAAAACGGAGAAUUUGGAUCUUGCUGCCCAUUCAUGUCUAUUUCCAAUGGAGCUCAGGCAGCAGCUGGUGCUGCUGCUGCUGCAACAGGCUCCGCCCAUGCUAUGGCUCCCAUCGUUUAAAGCCUCUACUCAAAUGUUCGAGGCCAUUUUCACCAGCACGGCGUCGUCCACGCGAGCCAGUCUAAACAUCGAAGUGCAUUCGGUCAACCUCAACAUCCACGAAAACAGCUUCGCCUCGCGGUACGACCUCAACCACGGCAUCAAGGCCUGUGACUAUGUUCUCCAGCUCAUGGAGUCGCUAGCCACGCGUCUUGGCCUCGUUCCUUCUCGUCUAUAG